UUGCUCGUCAAAAUCCACCAUUUUAGGUGUCCGUCUGUCCCCCUUGAAGCGCAAAAUAAACCCUCUCGGCUCUCCCUCUUCCUACACUUUCUCUCACUAUUUUCUCACUCACUUUCUCUCCUUCCUCCUCUCAUUCCUCAUUGCCUGCCUUAACACCAAAACCAAAACUUCAAAACUUCAAAAACCCAAAAAAAAAAAGAUAAAGAAAAAAAAAACAGAGGAUACUUCCAGAGCUCGUAGCAAUGGAAGCUCCCGAGUAUUUUCAGAACAGUUUCUGCCCACAAUUCACACCGGAAAAGCGCCACUCUUUUGACAAUAAUAACAAUAAGGCCACCAAUGGCGGUGGCGGUGGCGGGGACCAUUUCAUGGUGGAGGACCUUCUCGACUUUUCCAAUGACGACGCGGUGAUAACCGACGGUGGUGCUACUUUUGAUAACGUCACCGGAAACUCUACUGACUCUUCCACCCUCACAGUCGUCGACAGCUGCAAUUCUUCUUCCUUAUCGGGCUCCGAACCCAAUGUCAUCCCCGAUAUCGGGUCCAGAAAUAUCGCAGAAGGCCCAUUCUCCAGUGACCUCUGCGUCCCGUACGACGAUUUAGCUGAGCUCGAAUGGCUUUCGAAUUUCGUGGAGGAGUCGUUUUCCAGCGAGGACCUGCAGAAGCUGCAGCUGAUAUCAGGAAUGAAAGCCCGACCCGAUGAGGCAGCUUCCGAGACCCGACAAUUCCAACCCGAACGCAACCGAAACGACAACGCUCAGAACACCACCACCACCAACAACAACCCGAUAUUCAACCCGGACGUUUCGGUACCCGCCAAGGCCAGAAGCAAACGGUCCCGGGCCGCCCCAUGCAACUGGACCUCCCGCCUCCUCCUCCUCUCCCAGCCGACGUCGUCCUCGGAGCAAUCCGACGUCGUUUCAAGUGGGCCGGGAUCUCCGUUACCGCCGCCGUCAACCACCGGGAAGAAAACGGUGAAGUCGGCCCCGAAGAAGAAGGAGAGCCCAGAGGGUCCGGGAGGAGGGCCGGGGGAAGGCCGGAAGUGCCUGCAUUGCGCGACGGACAAGACGCCGCAGUGGCGGACAGGGCCCAUGGGUCCGAAGACGCUGUGCAACGCGUGUGGGGUCCGGUACAAGUCAGGUCGGCUCGUACCCGAGUACCGACCCGCCUCGAGCCCGACGUUCGUGCUGACGAAGCACUCCAACUCACACCGCAAGGUGCUGGAGCUUCGGCGCCAGAAGGAGAUGGUGAGGGCGCAGCCGCAGUUUAUUCACCAAGUACCGCCGCAGCAGCAUCACCACCACCACCAUCAUCACCAUCAGAACAUGGUUUUCGAUGUAUCCAAUGGUGGAGAUUACUUGAUUCACCAACACGCGGGGCCCGACUUCCGGCAGCUGAUCUAGUGGGAAGCGUACUAGAGUAGCUAAAACUAGGCAACUUUUCGGGGUUAAUUUAGCGGGGCCCAGUUGAUCUUCUUCUUCCUUUUUCUUUUUUUCUUUUUUAAUUAA